AUGCAAGGCGAAGAGAAAAGCGGUGAAUCAUAUCCGGCGGUUCCCUCGUCACAUCCCGCAGCGAUUCCAGAUGCCGAAAUUGACAGGGCUAUUGCUCUUGUCGCAACAACGAAACAAUUGAGAAACUUGCGAGACAAAAAAAUUCAUUGUCCUUACCAUUUUGUCAGCUGCUAUAAACUUUUUACCCUUUACAUAGAAACACUACCAAGUAUUAAUGAAAAUAACGUGAUUCGAAGUGACGUUUCGAUCGAACCAACACUGGUGCCAAGUACAAUUCGGGGAGCCCUAUCGGUUCCAAAAAGUCCUUUCACAACCACCGAUCACAAUCUCAACACUGGUUCCAGAUCAAACUCGGCGAACGUUAUUUAUAUAUUUCUAUACAUCGAUAAGAAAUCGAUAGAACGAUCGACAAAUUAUUACGAAAUUCGUUUUCAGAUUAAAAAGAUGACUCAAUCAAGACUAUCGAACUUGCCAAAUGAAUUAUUUCUCGAAUUUUUUUCACUACUUCGAUGUUAA